CGGCCCUGGCGGCGCUGCUGCCCCGGCCCCGGCCCUGUCCCUGUCCCUGCCCGCGGAGGGGAUCGCGGGGCGGCGGCGGCAGGCGGCGCCGGGCCCCGCCAUGAAGCUGAUCAUCCUGGAGACGUACGCGCAGGCCAGCGAGUGGGCCGCCAAGUACAUCCGCAACCGCAUCGUGCACUUCGCGCCCGGCCCCGGCCGCUUCUUCACGCUAGGGCUGCCCACAGGCAGCACGCCGCUGGGCUGCUACAGGAAGCUGGUGGAGUACUGCCGGAACGGGGACCUCUCCUUCCAGUACGUGAAAACCUUCAACAUGGACGAGUACGUGGGUCUCCCGAGGGAUCACCCGGAAAGUUACCAUUCCUUCAUGUGGAAUAACUUCUUUAAGCACAUCGACAUCUCGGCAGAAAACGUUCACAUUUUGGAUGGCAACGCCGCGGAUCUGCAGGCGGAGUGUGACGCGUUCGAGGAGAAAAUCAAAGCAGCCGGAGGAAUCGAGCUCUUUGUGGGAGGUAUUGGCCCUGAUGGCCACAUUGCCUUCAACGAGCCUGGGUCAAGUUUGGUAUCCAGGACACGAGUGAAGACCUUGGCUAUGGACACGAUACUGGCCAACGCCAGGUUCUUUGAUGGUGACCUCUCCAAAGUCCCCACAAUGGCUCUGACGGUCGGAGUAGGCACGGUCAUGGAUGCCAGAGAGGUGAUGAUUCUUAUCACAGGAGCCCACAAAGCCUUUGCUUUGUACAAAGCCAUCGAGGAAGGUGUCAACCACAUGUGGACAGUAUCUGCCUUCCAGCAGCACCCCAACACCGUGUUUGUGUGUGAUGAGGAUGCCACGCUGGAACUGAAAGUUAAGACUGUGAAAUACUUUAAAGGGUUAAUGCUGGUUCACAACAAGCUUGUGGAACCCUUAUACAGCAUGAAGGAGAGGGGGGCAGAAAGAAGCCACUCCAAGAAGCCGUACAGCGAUUAAUGUGGCUGUUCCGAGCAGUGCUCAGCCUGCUUUCCUGCUGCAACCCAGCUCUGAGAAAGGGAAUCGCUGCAGAAACUCCUGUUUGUUCCUCAGUUAGCAAAGUGAUUAUGUGCUGCUUCUCUCCAUUAAAAACACACCCAACACCUGCCUUGACUAACCCAGUGCAGAUGGAGCCAGCGCGCUGCGUUCCACAGCCGCCUGCCGCUGCCGUCUGCUCUGAAGGGAAAGUCAGCGGAGGAGGAGCUGUUUCCCUCAGGAAGCAGCUGCACCCGUGGGGACUGAUGGCUGCAGAGCUUAAACAUGGAGAGACAUGAAAGUUGCAGAAACCAAACAGGUCAUUGCUUUGGGAUGUAUUCCUUGCAAUUAGGUCAAGUACCUUGGGUGUCAUUCCCUGCACAGAUCACCCAGAGAUGUUCAGGCUGGAAUAAGGAAGAAACGUACCCAUGAGGACAGCCGAGCAGCGGGGCAGGUCCCCCAGAGGGGCUCUGCAGUCUCUGUGCUCAAGAGCAUUUCAAGACCUGGCUGGAUAAAGCCCUGGCUGAACCCUGCUUUGAGCAAGAUGUUGAAGUAGUGCGUUCUCUCUCUGCCUCUUCCUGUGCUGCCAGAUAAGCCUCAAAGGAAGCACUGUUCCCUCUGGAAUUGCAGGUAGACAACAGCCUGUACUGACAGUUCUGGAACUUGAUUCCUGGGUUUCCUAUCGAAUGUUACCACGUGAGGGACAAGCCAAAGAGGGCAGCAUUUAUUGUCUCCUCGCAGAAGUGCUGUAAAGCUGUUGCUCUGUGAUGUAACUUUCUACACUAAAUGUCUUAAUUUUUCUAAACGCU